AUGGGUUCCACGGACUCAAACAUAAAAGACGCCCUCAAGGCGCAAGACAUCCGCUCCACGCCCCUCUUCCACAACGUCCAGCAGCACUACAAGAACAUCAUCGACCCGGCAAUAGGCAAAAUCUCAAACGCCACGGACCUGCAGCUCUCCCCGCACGGCACGCACGUCGUCUUCACGGCCCACGUCUGGGAGAGUAUCGAGAAGAGCCAAGCCACCCGCAUCGCCGAGGUCCACCUUGACUCGGGAGACGUGCGGUUCCUCUCCACCUCCAGCAGCAGCCACGGCGACGCGCAGAAACCGCGGUACUCACCCGAUGGGCGCACCGUCGCGUACACGGCCGUGAAUCCUGACACGGGCCUCUCGCAGCUGUGCUUGUGGGACCGUACCGCCGGCGGCGAUGGGGAGGGGGCGCCGACUUUGUUUCCGCUGCCGGGCUUCUCGUUGGAGUACGCACUCUGGUCUGCGGAUGGACGAUCUCUGCUCUGCGGCACCGCCGCGGCGGGGGCAGACACGUCGGACCUCUUCGGCGCGGUCAAGAUCACCGGCAAGCAGGACGGGCCCGCGUGGCUCCCCAAGGUAGAGGGCUCGCAGGCCGAGCACCCGGGACGCGCGCUCUUCGUCUUCAACGUCGAGGCAAAAGAGUACCGUCGCGUGAGCCCGCCAGGCUUGAACGUGUGGGAGGCAAACUGGUGCGGGUCGCGGUCUUUGGUCGGUGUGGUUUCCGAGCACGGCGACGAGGGCGCAUGGUAUACAUCCCGGGUCGCCAUCAUCGACCUGGAAACUGGCCAAGCGAGGACUGUCCACAGUCCUCCGAAGCGCUUCCAGGCGGCGGUGCCGGUGGGAUCUCCGUCUGGUGCGCGUGUUGCGUUCGUGCAGGCUCAGUGCAGCGAUCGGUGCUUGGUGACCGGAGACCUUUGGACGCUGGACGUGGAAACCAAUGCGACGACGAAGCAUGAUACCGACGGGGUGGACAUUGCGAAUGCAACAUGGAUUGACGACAAGACGCUGUUUGUCCUUGGCAUCCGUGCGACUCAGAUGGUUGCCGGCCGGCUCAACCUCAAGGACGGACGCUUUCACGAGCACUGGGCAGCCAGCCCCGGCGUAACCACCCCAAACUACCAGCCCGACCCCGUGUCACCAUCCCCCGACGGCUCAACAUUUCCGCUCCUACUUGAAGGCUGGUCGCGCAUUCCCGAGCUCAUCCUCAUCACCAACGGCAAAGAAAAGACCCUCUUCAGUCUCAACCACGACGGAUACACCUACCUACAGUCCCAACUCGGCGAGAGCAAGCUCGUGCGAUGGAACUCCUCCGACGGCCUCGAGAUCGAAGGCUUCAUCCGCCUGCCGAAGAGAGGCAAGGCGCCGUACCCACUCGUCCUGCACGUCCACGGCGGGCCCGUCGCCUCCUUCAGGGACCACUGGCGGCCCAACGCCUUCGACACGCUCCUCACCGUCAACGGCUACGCGGUGCUGUCGCCCAACCCGCGGGGCUCCAACGGGCGCGGCGCGGAGUUCACGAGCCACAUCUUCGGCGACAUGGGCGGCAAGGACGUCGAUGACUACCUCACGGGCAUCGACUACCUCGUUGAGCAGGGGCUUGUCGACCCGAAGCGCCUGGGCGUGAUGGGCGGUAGCUACGGCGGGUACAUGGCGGCGUGGAUCAUCACGCAGACGGAUCGCUUCGCGGCCUCUGUGGCGAUCGCACCCGUCGUGGAUUGGUUCUCGCAGCAUACCUUGACGAACAUCCCGACGUUUGACCAGAGCUUUAUGCAGGCCGAUCCGUAUGAGAUAGCGGGCCCGUACAGGACGCGAAGCCCGAUCCUGUACGCUGGCCGGUACCCGACGCCUGUCUUGCUGAUUUCUGGAGAGGAUGAUCCCGCGACGCCGCCGUCCCAAGCGAGGCAGUACCAUCGUGCCUUGGUCGAAAAGGGGGUGACGUCGCUGUGUCUGAUUUACCCUGGCGAGGGCCACGGGGUGCGACAGUACCCAGCCUAUGUCGAUUACUGUAGUAGAAUAUUGGGAUGGUUCCUGGCGCAUGUGCCAGUUGAGGACAGCUAG